UGUGCGGUCUGUGUAAUAUUUGUCGCCGUUAGUUAGUUGGUUGUUCUUGCUAUUGUUGUUGGUGUUGUUGUUGGCUCAUAUGCAGCACGAGAAGCUGCCAAUCUACGGGCAUCUUCCGUUCAAAAAAUAGGCAUCAGUUUUUUUAAGCCAAUAUAUAAAAAUAACAUGCUGUCAAAAAUUAAAAAAGUGCCUGCCAAUGUGCAAAUUUUGUGUUAAAAAAAAAUAGCACAAAAUAAAAUUCGGAAAACAAACAGUUUUCGAAAUAUCGAAGGAGAAAAAUAGUGUUGGGCGCCAAAGUGAAAAUUGGCCACCCUGUAUGUGAGCUCACUUUUCACAUGGCGGCGUCUGAGGCGAGACGUACGAGUACGAAUCGUUCGCAUUUCUACAAUUCCUAGUUAUUAAACAGAACGACAACAACAACAACAACAACACCAGCAACCAGCAAAUAACAACAACAAUCGGACAUGAGAGUAAUUUAUAAUUUGCUGGCGCUUUUACAGCUGCUCGCACAUACUCAGGGCGGCCACGUGCAACAGGCGAAGCGACACAUGCGAGCCGAGAUACGGGAAGCUCUCGGCCAUGCCGACAGAGCACAGCUGGGGCGGCAGCAUCACUACAACUACCACGGCUCGCACUGGCACAAUGGGAAGCGGGUGCAUCGACUGCAUAUGCCCCAUCAACGUUGGAGCGGCCGCUGGCGCUCCAUGAGCCAUCAUCAGCCCUUUAGCCGUUGGACUCAAUGGACGUCCUGCGACAAGGAUUGCGUGAAGCAGCGAGAGCGAUACUGCAAGGCCAAGCGGAAGUGUGGACACACCAAGCAUGUGGAGCACCGCAAGUGUUUGCAUUGCCAUCCGCAGUGGCACGAGCCUUCACACAAAUCUUACCAUUGGGCGCCAAGCGUUCAAAGUAAUCCGCCCUCUAUAGUCAUCAAUGCGGCAGCAGCUGCUGCAAGUGGGCCAACAAUUUCGGAGCAGAAGCCGCACCUUUAUGUCCCAACAAAUUCCAUGGAGGUGGUGCAUCGUCCACCGACACACCAUCCACACCCACCCAGGGAUGACUCUAUUGAAGAGGCUCACCGCCCACCUGAACUUUAUCCAUAUCCCCCGAAAGAUGACUCCUUAGGGGUUCACCGACCACCGGUUCACCAUCCAUAUACUCCAAAGUUUGACUCGAAAGAAGUGUCGUAUCGCCCACCCUCGCUCUAUCCGCAUACCCCAAAAGACUCUAUCGAGUUGGUACGUCAGCCAUCUUCGCAUUACCCUUCGAAAGAGGCAAGCGAAGAAGAAGAUAUAGGGGACUUUGAACCCAAUUUUUCCGUGGAAGAGGGCGACUUCUUUGUCCUGAAACGAAAAAAACGCAUAAAGCAAAAACAUAAAAGAAAGCAGAGACGCAGGCCCAGUCCUAAGCCCGUUGUUCACCAUAACGAUUAUGACGAUGAUGACAGCGCUGAAGAUUUUGAGGAUUAUUUAGAUGGUUUUGGACGACCAACUCCUGCAUUGCGCAUGCGCGCACGCAACCUGAACGGAGUUGACAGCGAAAGCAGCAGCCUGGAAGGCGAUGUCUUCCAGUAUAAGGACUUUGAUUUUGAGCAAUCAGAUUUGGAUUUUGAACAAUCGGAUUCCGAGGAGUAUGCGGACAUCCGCAAUGCAAGCUCCCUAUCGUCGGCAAAGGAGCGAAACACGCCAGAUGCUAUGACUCCUCGACAUCGACGCAUCUAUUCCAAAUGGAGUCGAUGGACCAAGUGCUCGCCAAAAUGCACAACACGGCGUUUCAAAAAAUGCCGUGUAAGUGAACGCUGCGGUCGGGAAGUUCUACGCGAAAUCGCCUAUUGUUAUACAGAAGGGAGCUUUUGUCAGCAAUGGUUACAGACGGAGGUACAGCGACAGACACCUGCCUACGAGACACGACCUGCCCGUGCCCAUGACGCGGCCAUGCGACGAAUGAACUCCGAGUCCUCGGCUCUCACCAACAAUGCCAUCUCCAGUGACUUCAUCAUGAACGGAAAGGGCUACAGAGGACCUGAGUAUGCACCUCCGAAGCUACGCUGUGGCCAGGCCCCCGUGCGUAGUGCCAGACGCAAUAUGUACAACAUGCUGAAGAUUAUUGGGGGAAAGGCGGCUCGGAAGGGCGAAUGGCCAUGGCAGGUUGCCAUUUUUAAUCGCUUCAAGGAGGCUUUCUGUGGUGGCACGCUCAUCGCGCCCUCCUGGGUCCUCACUGCUGCCCAUUGUGUGCGCAGAGUGCUUUACGUGCGCAUUGGCGAGCAUAACUUGGACUAUGAGGACGGUACCGAAAUCCAACUACGCGUGCUCAAGAGCUUCAAGCAUCCAAGCUUUGACAAGCGAACUGUGGACAGCGAUGUUGCCUUAUUGCGUUUGCCAAAGCCGGUCAACGCCUCCACUUGGAUAGGGUAUUCCUGUAUGCCGCGUCCUUAUCAGCCGCUGCCAAAGAACAUGGAAUGCACGGUCAUUGGUUGGGGCAAGCGACGCAAUCACGACGUGGUUGGCACAAGUGUGCUCCAUCAGGCUGAAGUUCCCAUUAUUCCGAUGGCCAACUGCCGCAGUGUCUAUCAUGACUACACAAUAACGAAGAACAUGUUCUGUGCUGGACACCAACGCGGUCGCAUAGACACCUGCGCGGGUGACUCUGGUGGACCGCUGCUUUGCCGUGACACCACCAAGCCGAACCAUCCGUGGACCAUCUUUGGCAUUACCUCGUUCGGCGAUGGCUGCGCCAAGCGCAACAAAUUCGGCAUCUACGCCAAGGUGCCCAACUAUGUGGACUGGGUGUGGUCCGUUGUCAAUUGUAACGGCAACUGCAAGCAUCAGCGCGCCGGCGCAUAUUCAUAACGGACGUCCAGGGAUAAGUGCAGCGCCAAUGCGCAUAUUCGGGGCUAUCGCCGAAGCCGCUACUGCUGUACCCGACAUAUGAUUUAUGGCUUAUUACCGCUUGAUAAAUGAUGUCGUGUGUACAUGUAUGUGUGUGUGUGUCUGUGGCACCUUUGGCCCAGACGCAGCUGUAGCUCCGGGCCAGGCACCCGAUCGCCUGUUCACCCGAUCGCACCAAUUCGAUAAGAGCAGCAUGCCAAUAUUUGUAGCGAUGUUGGCUGGAGACGUGGCGUAGAAGUGGGAGCUGCUUAGCGGCACUUCAAUCGUAGUUGUAGUCGUAGUUUAGGUUUAAGCGCGUCGUUCUGUUGCAGAGGCUGUGAAACACUGACAUACUUUUAAUCGCCCUGUAUCCCCCGAGCCCAGGCAAUUGCUUCGUAGCUUUUAAGACUAUUAUGAAAUUGCUUGCGGCAUCUUUGUAACUUGUUGAUUAUGAAUUUCUUUUUAGAUUUAAUGAGAUACAAAUUGUAAGAGGGAUGCCGCGCAAGUUUCCCUAUACCUUCCAAACACUUCACGGCAUUUACCCACGUACAUACAUACAUACAUGUAAAUACUUGUGUGUGCAUUACGAUUAGUUGUGAAUCUAUAUAGGCCAUAAGAUUAUAUCAGUUUGUGAACUAAACUUUACUAAUAUGCUUGGUAAAUGCUUCGUGUCUUCUAGUUAUUACAGUGUUAAAACAAUAAAUAUACGAAUUAACUAAGUUGUAAUCAAA